AUGACGCCUUGGGCGAGAACAGAGAAGACCCGGGCGAGUGCCAUCACAAACUCAGACGAGACUUACGCUGCGACCGGAAGACAGGCUCGGAUUCUGUCCAAAGAUGCCGUGGUAUACUAUUCAACGGCAGCUGCACUGUUCAUCACUCCAUUGAUCGCGACCAUAGUCUGGUUAAGCACCAACCGCAACAAUUGGGGCAACCAACAUUGGUCUUUCAUCCACAGUGCCACCAUCGGAGGACGCUUGACACAAUCCGGAGCCAAAGCCAUUGAUUUACUAUGCAGCGCCUUUAUCGCACCAUUGGUCCUCGCUGGAUUCAACUUCAUCUGGUUCUCCUGUGCCCGGGUCGCUACAAUCAACGAAAAGGACCCAUCUGCUCAGGGAGUACCUCUGGCGUGUCUGGUCGAGCUGAGUACCACGACCGGCGGAUCCUACGACAUCUUAAAGCUGUCCACACUCCUAGCUCCACGCACACGGCGACUAUUGUAUCUCGCCCUGCUUGUUAUCUUCAGCGCGUUGGCUAAGUCUGCCUUCGGCAAUGUGAUAGCCUACGAAGCUUUCAAUGAAGAUGCGGCAGGCCAGGGCACGAGACUUCGAAUGCUCAGCGAUGCGCAGCUUGCAGUACCCAACUCCUUUGUGUCGACCACUUUCGCUGGCGUUUGGGGGUUCAGUACUCAACAGAGAUCUAGCUUUGCCAAUCAAUUCAGUGGCAUGAUGACUGGACUGAGCAUCUCUAAUUCGUCUUCGCUGUUGACCGACAAGGCGUACAUACUCAACAAUGUGACCACUGCUUCAAUAUCACUUCCAUCCACGGUCCGAGCCUUACAUUCUGUUCCGGCUUCUCGAUGGACAGUAUCCUGCAAGCCUUUUGCUCCGGACACGUUCAUGGUACAACAGAUGGGUGUCAAGUCUGUUCUCUUCACCAUGACCCGUGGUCAGACCGAUCUCCUCUCUGGCUAUUACCCAGGCGAUAUCGCUUUGAUGCAGAAUGCGUACAACGACGACUACCCGUUCAUGGCAUUUCCAUACAACGGCUCUUCGGCCUUUCUCGGCUACGCAGGCAGUUUCAACUUGAGCAACGAAACGUACCCAUCGCCAUAUGGCGACAUUAUACCGAAGGCGUUCAACAUGACCGCGUCAGGUUUCAAUGGCACGAAGCAGAUAAUGUCUGUCUGGGGAAUUGAAUGCCAAGUUCAGCGACAAAAUGGGACUGUUGACUUGGUUCGCUCGGCGGAGGGAUGGGAUCGCAAUGCGGCGAGCGUCAAAAUGUCCGACGGGAAAACAGUAUACCAACCCUUGCGUAUGCAGCAACUGCAACUCAGCCUGAAUUACCAAGCCCCCGAUGUGACGAUUCCUGGACUGGCCCCGGCCCUUGCAAGGUCUGCAGAUCCAUGCUAUGAUGCCACCAUUACGGGCACCGAAUGUGCUGUCUCGACAAGCAGUGACGGCACGUCGGAGACAACCUCAAGGACAAUCGACUUUGAGACAUUGGCUCUCAACUUCCUCUACGCGUCCGCAGAGACGGAGCGCAUGGCAUAUGAGGUAGCGAGCACAAACACUUCGCGGGAUCAGCCUGACUUUUUUGUCAAUGUCACAGACACUUCUCAGAUACUGCGGUACCGCAUCACGUAUGUGCCGGUGAUACUGUUUAUUGGCAUAGGGUGCAUGUUUGUUGCCGCAGGCAUCACCCUCGCCCUUGUGGCAAUGAGCUGGAAGAGCAUCAGCGCCAGAUCCUUCCGACAGGUUGACAGCCUAAGAUUGUUGGUUGAUGUGCUAGCGGGGCUGAGGCAAGAUGAGUUCGUGAGUCGACCCCAGUUCAACACGACGCUUGAGGGGACUAGCCUCCAGAACGACAGGGACGAAAGCAAGAUUUCCAAGUUUGAGGAUCUGAAGGCUUCGUCUGGUGCGGAGUUGGAGACCUGGGCAUCGGCCUGUCGAGUCAGGUAUAUCGAGGACAAUGGGGCUGUUGGUCUAGAGCGUCUACCCGCUGAAUCCUGA